UCUCUGACAUUUCCUACCUCUUGGACAUUGUCAAAUCACUGCAAACAUGACCAUGCUGACAUGGGACUGAAAGCUUAUAAACGAACAUUCAAAUGCAAAAUAUGUUUUCAACUAUUUAAAAAUGCAUCAGAUAUUAGGACACACAUGGAUCACAGUCAUAACAGUUAUGAGGAGACAAAAUAUCUCUGUGAGACUUGUGGCAAAGUAUUUAAACAGAAGGCAUCAUUAGAACCUCACAUUCGCUCACAUCAAGGACUCAGUCAACACAAAUGCAAGCUUUGUGGAAAAACUUUUGUUCACCAAUCUAGUCUGUCAUCACAUCUUCGGCUGCACAGAGGAGACAAGCGUCAUACAUGUAAAUUCUGUGACAAGACAUUUUUCCAGCUAGGGGAUCGAAUUAAUCAUGAACGAAAACACACUGGAGAACGCCCAUUUAAAUGUGAUGUAUGUGGAAGAGCAUUCCGUACAAGAGGAAUGUGGUUUGAACACAGCAGAAUUCACAAGGAUGAACGGCCAUUUCCAUGUGACAUCUGUGGGGCAGCAUUCCGGCGAUCAUAUGCAUUGAAGAACCACAAAACUGUUCAUGCUGGUGAGAAAAAAUAUGUAUGCAGCCAGUGCAAUCACGCUUUUCGUGUAAAGCAAGAUAUGCAAAAGCAUAUUAACAGUUAUCACAGGAAUGAAAUAACAUUUACAGAAGCUAUAAUGUAAAAGUAGACAAAGCGCGUGUCUUAUUUAUCGGCCGCAGAGAAAGCAGUGUGCAACACUUACUGAGGCAGUGAACUGGGAUGUCGAUAGGGACAGAAGAAUAUUGUAACUUGUGUUUCUUUUAAAUGUAUU